AGGCGCCUCCCCCUCGGCUUGCCCCUGACCGUCUCCCCCGUGUCCCGCGGGGCUGUGGCGUUGCCCGCUCCGGUCCGGCGUCCUCCGCGCGUAAGGACAGCGUCCUUCAGGCAGUUGGACGAGCCUGACUUAAACAUCUCCAAUGGCUAACGAAGCUCACCCUUGUCCAUGUGACAUUGGCCAUAGAAUAGAGUACGGAGGGUUGGGGCAUGAAGUUCAAGUUGAGCACAUCAAGGCUUAUCUCACCGAAUCCCCCGUUGAUGCUGGCAAAGCUGUGAUUGUCAUUCAAGAUAUAUUCGGCUGGCAAUUGCCCAAUACCAGGUAUAUGGCGGACAUGAUUGCAGGAAAUGGAUACACAACCAUUGUUCCAGACUUCUUUGUAGGACAGGAGCCGUGGCACCCCUCAGGGGACUGGUCCACCUUCCCGGAGUGGUUGAAGACAAGAGAUGCCAGGAGGAUAGAUAAAGAAGUUGACGCGGUCUUGAAGUAUCUGAAACAACGUUGUCAUGCCAAGAAGAUUGGCGUUGUGGGAUUCUGCUGGGGUGGAGUUGCUGUCCAUCACAUGAUGAUGAAAUACCCAGAAUUCAGGGCAGGGGUGUCCAUCUACGGCAUCAUCAAAGACUCUGAAGACGUGUACAAAUUAAAGAACCCCACGUUGUUCAUUUUUGCUGAAAACGAUGCUGUGAUUCCCCUUGAGCAGGUCUCUUUGCUGACUCAGAAGUUGAAAAAAAACUGCAAAGUGGAAUAUCAAAUUAAAACGUUUUCUGGGCAAACGCACGGGUUCGUGCAUCGCAAGAGAGAAGAUUGUUCGCCUGAAGACAAGCCCUAUAUUGAUGAGGCGAGAAGAAGCUUGCUCGAGUGGCUGAACAAGUAUGUGUAG